GAUAACUGUGACAGACCGUGUAGCCUACUGCACGCUCCUCAACCGCCAGGGGUUGUACACACACAUUCGCACACACACACUGCCUGACACUCACGUGCACUCUCAGUGAAACCGUCUCCCCGGGACCAGCACGCACGCACAAUCUCUCGUCUAUCACAGCGCAUCGCGCACCACUGCGGUAAGACGGGAAGGCAGGCAGCGGAGCCCUGGCACUCACUUGUUUCAACACUCGGCAUUCCAGGUAGUGCGUCUGUGACUCUCCGGAAAAUAAGAGGACUUACCACCACCAAUCGAGGGGGAGGUAUAAAACCACUAGGCUAAUACCACUCAGAGACUAGCCAUUCUGCUCGUGAAAAGUUAUUCAAUCCUCUUGAUUUCCUCACAUUGGAAGUGAAACCUGCUAUUUGAAAGAGGAUGAGACCGUUACUCGUAUCCAUCGUCCUCUGCUUGAGCGCUUCUGUCCCACAUUUUGUGAAAGGGGAAGUUUACGAGCCCAAUCCCUGCGAGAAUGGGGCUGCCUGCCUCAAUGUUCUGGCCGACGAAUCCUUCUCAUCAGCAGAUGGUGAGGAGGAGACGACUUCAGCAGGACCUUGCCAUCCGAACCCAUGCCACAACAGAGGAAUAUGUGAAAUCAGUGAAACCUACAGAGGCGACACGUUCAUAGGUUACGUCUGCAAGUGUCCAACCGGUUUCAACGGGAUCCACUGCCAACACAAUGUUAACGAAUGCGAGAAAGAACCUUGUAAAAAUGGGGGCAUCUGCACAGAUCUGGUUGCCAACUACUCUUGCGAAUGCCCUGGGGAGUACAUGGGAAGGAACUGCCAAUACAAAUGCUCUGGACCACUGGGCAUGGAGGGGGGCAUCAUCUCCAACCAGCAGAUAACAGCCUCGUCCACCCACCGUGCUCUGUUCGGCCUGCAGAAAUGGUACCCCUACUUUGCCCGGCUCAACAAGAAGGGCCUGGUCAACGCCUGGACGGCUGCCGAGAACGACAGAUGGCCCUGGAUCCAGAUUAACCUACAGAGGAGGAUGCGGGUCACCGGACUAAUUACCCAGGGUGCAAAGCGUAUCGGCAGCCCAGAGUACGUCAAGUCUUACAAAGUGGCCUCCAGUGACGAUGGCAAGACCUGGAGGACAUACAAAGUCAAGGGCACAGAUGAGGACAUGAUAUUCCGUGGAAAUGUGGAGAACAACGCUCCCUCUGCCAACUCCUUCACCCCUCCCAUUGAAGCACAGUACGUGCGCAUCUACCCCCAGGUCUGUAGGAGACACUGCACCCUGCGCAUGGAGCUGCUCGGCUGUGAGCUCACAGGCUGCUCUGAGCCCAUGGGGAUGAAGUCUGGCCACAUCCAGGACUACCAGGUCACAGCGUCCAGCCUCUUCAGAACACUCAACAUGGACCUGUUCACCUGGGAGCCCGGCAAGGCCCGUCUUGACAAACAGGGCAAGGUCAAUGCCUGGACGUCUGGACACAGUGACCAAUCCCAGUGGCUACAGGUUGACAUGCUCCUGCCUACUAAAAUUACCGGCGUCAUCACCCAGGGGGCGAAGGACUUUGGCCAUGUCCAGUUCGUGGGCUCCUACAAGGUGGCCUACAGCAACGAUGGAGAGAGGUGGCUCGUAUAUCAAGAUGAAAAACAGAGGAAGGACAAGGUGUUCCAAGGAAACUUUGACAAUGACACGCACAGAAAGAACGUGAUAGAUCCGCCCAUCUACGCCCGAUUUGUCCGGAUCCUUCCAUGGUCGUGGUACGGAAGGAUCACUUUGCGUGCAGAGUUACUGGGAUGCACAGAGGAAGAGUGAUCACCCUUCCUCCUCAUCUGUCCACCUAUCCCCCUCUCCCCUCUUUAAUACUGGAUCAUCUAUCCCAGAUUCAGUGUUUCAAUAUAAACUGUGCAACCUGUAAAAAUAAAUCAUUUUCAAAUGGAUUUUUCAAGAAUAUGUGUUUGGUUAUGAUGGGUUGCUGUUUGAUUUAAACCUGCCCUUGUCCUGGUUUUGUCCCUUUUUUGUUUUCUUAUUUUUGUGGUAAAUGUAUUUUUAUUCCUCUCCAUAUUUUUUCCCCAUCAUGUUUGGAAUGAACUUGGGUAACAUAUUUGAUGGGAGGGGGCUGGAGUGUGGAGAGGGGAAUCACACUGUGGUUUAAACAUAUUGCCCUGGAAGCUACUGUACACUGUCACUUUUUAACAAAGAAAACGUGAAACCUGUCUAUCAUGCUUCAUUGGACAUUGUUAACCCCACUGAAACUUAUUUCGGAACUAUCCCAAAAAUCAUUAAACUAUCACAACUAAAUACUACAGUGACAGAUAUAUAUUUACUUUUGAUUAUAACACCUCUUCAAGCCAGGCUUUUAACAUUACUGACAUUGUAGGGCAAAUAAAAUACAAUAACAAUGCUCAAUGCUGUUGUAUUAAAUGUAAAACACUAAAUAAUUGCAUGGUGCAUAAAUUAUGAUAUUAAAAGUUUAUUAUGACAUAAUUUAAAACUCCUUCCCUAAGAGAAAUUGCUUUGGUUUGGUUUAACGUGCAUUUCUCAAUAGUUCUGAUACACACACUGCAAAAGCUUAAAAGUGAUCUACUAGACGAAUAACAAGGACAAAAGUGGCACUGCAGUAUAGAUACAGAGGUUGAUGGGCUGGCUGAUUGAAGUGUGUCCAAAUACUCUUGAAUUUUCUAUCUCAUCUUUAAUUUAUUUACAUGUAUUUAGCAUUUACAUUUUGUGUUUGAAAGAUCUCUUCUUGGAAUGUCACAUUUUUAGAAUUGUAUACAUUGUUUAGACUUUGUUUAUUUUCUCUGCUUUUGUAUCCUUGUGCCCAAUCCUCCUCCUGCCUUUACAAUAUCAUUUUUAAUCAAUGUGAAAAGCUCAGGAUAGAAGUCACCCAUCCAUACCCACACAAAGAGUAAGCCCUCCUUUGAAUAAUAAUAUUUGACAAUAUGUUAAGUGUACAGACAUUACCGUGCUAAUGAAAUAAAUCAAAUUAUAUUAAAAAUGUAUCACACAAAUUAUUAUAUUAACAGAAUCACACAAAAAGCUUUCUAUUCAUGCGUUUUCAAAAAGAAUAUAAAUACAUGUAAGAACUUUGAAUAUUUAAAUAUCUGUACAAUGAACAUUAUCAGUUGUUACAGUAUGUCACUGUAUUUCAGUGUUGCAUUUGAAAGUAUCAUGACAUGCAUCAUGAAAGUCUAAUACUUCUUAGAUCCAUGGACACGGCAUUAGCAUCAUGCCAUGCAACUCACUUUUUAUAAUUGAUGUAUUUGGCUGUGCAUAAUGGUUUUAAUUUAAUUUUUUAAUAUCUUGGCUUUUGAUCAAGCUAUUUAUGAGUAUAUCUUGUCAAGAAGUUUCUGUGUCCAUAAUGUUGUCUUCUUGAUUGAUCAUUCUAGAUCGCUGUCUGUGUGCGCUUUUCACACAAGGGAUCGUUACUAACCAAUGGAGAUGUCAGCAUGACAUAUGAGGAGGGAUACAGUAUCAAAUAUGUCCAUGUCCACAGGCACAUUAUGUUACAGGUCUUUUACCUUGCACUCACCAUUGGUGCAUUGUAAAACCUUCGCUAACAGGUGAAGGGGAACCAAUAAGUCAAUUUUGUGUUUCUGUGUCUACUCAGUCUGAGUAUCAAGCGCUAUAUAGAAAAGUGUACCAAUGAUAUGCUAAUUAGUCCACGCCUGCAGAAGAGAGUGUCAGAAACUACGACUGUGUACAGCUGAGAAAGGAUUCUGCUUUUUCGGUCUUUCCGUUUGACCAAUAAAAAAGAUGUCUGUGAUUUAAA